AUGAUUAUCCCGGAAAAGAACUACAGUUCUCUGUGUACUAGCAAUUCUGAUGUCCGAUCUACGUCCCAACUCUCGCAGCUCAUCACGCUGUUCAAACCGGACAACAAAACGAAUUACAUUGAGCAGCUGCUCGUGGAGGAGCUGCCGAGACUGAUCGCGCAAAUGAGCAGCGAAAAAAUCAUCGAGACCAUUGUUGGCACCAGCUCGGCAAAGAUUGCUGCAGAGAAUCUUCAAGGUGCGAGCAAGAAGCGCACUGCAUCAAAAGGGGCCCCCGCGAGGAAAAGCAAGAAGGACGACAAAAUAGUAAGUAGACCGGUAGAACAAGAAGUAAACGGUGGCAGCACGACAGGGGUUCUUGGCAAGAAAAAGGACAACGUCAAACUGAAGAGCGGUGCUGUGCCCGCCGGAUCGUCCUCUGCGCAGCCUCCCCCGUCUUUGAGCGCAAUUCUGCCACGGUUGCAGGCACAGCAGAAGAAGGAAGAGAAAAAAAUUUUAACCGCAGGAACAAGCGCUGGCGCAGCAGGAGCUGUAGUGCCGGGAGCUGCUACUGGCGGUGAGCAGGAGGACAAAAAAGUGGUAGAUGGCCAUGGCACCACAGCAGCAGGAAGAACCACAACUGCAGUCGAAGUAGACUUGAUCAAUGGGAAGAACAUGAAAAACGACAAGGAAAAUAAGAGCGACACGACAGCAACAGCAAAUGUUUUUAAAACGAACAGCACCACUGUUGAACAUCAAGAUCGUGAAGAUUCUUCCAGCCAUAAAUCCCUUGUAUCCCCCGCGGAGCAGAGAGAACAGGAAAAGCUGCGAUUUCUUCAGCUACUCCCCCGGUUCUCCUCUGUGCAGUCGCGCACGAAGCGGCGCGGUCCCGCGGAGAUCGGGUGGCGGCACUACCAGUGGGUGUUUCUGCACAACAUCACGGAAAAGGGGUUGCGUAAAGAAAUCAUCUGGACCGCAAAAUUCCACAAAACAGACCACCGGAAUCCCCGGUCGGCCGGGGACCGGUGGAAGUUUCAGAAACUCUUCAAGUACUGUACGGACGCGCAGAUGAAACGGGAGGUGGAAAAGAUGUAUGCGAAAGAGAGCAGCCAGUUCCUGGACCGUUUUCCCCUGCCGGACGCCAACAACUUCAUGAAAAUUUUCGAAGCCAACAAAACGGCCGACAAGGCAAGGAAGGCUACGUUAGAAAAGGACCACUGGGACGUGGAGAGGGACGAGCGGUCCCUGAAAAAAUACCUCGCGCAGAAGUCCUUGUUUCGGUCCCACAGCGGCAAAGAAGCGUUGGCCGACUUGCACGACGUGCUCGGUCACUACCGCGCCCAGGCCGUGGACGAAAGUAAGCCAAGGGUUCUGAGGGCGCAGCUGGAGCAGGUAAAGAAUUAAAACUUUUGUUGUUUACCAACGUACAAAUGUAAAUAAACGAUGUAGAAGUUUUUGUGCACCAUGUGAAUCUAUGGAUGAUGGGGCCUCGAUCAAGAAUUUAGUUUUACAAUUUUUUCAACAAUAAACAAAAAAAGGUCGACCACGCCACGGCGCUGUUCCAGCCGACGAAGUCGGACAUCUACCCGCAUUUAACCGACGCCAUUCAGUCGAAAGACUGGAAAAGCGCUUUGAUUUUUACCUUUGACCUCUUCCUCGGCGGCAUGCUGCAGACCACCUGCGCAGGUACUUCGAAGUCGUCUUCUUCUUUUUCCCGCACAUCAUCAUCUUCGCUGCAAAGCAGCUUCGACCGGUUGCUGGAGAAUUGUGUUUUCAUCCAGUUCAGUGCGAAAAAAUAUGUGGAGCAACAGGAGAAGCUGUUGCUGCGAGGACCAGUCGUGGCGAGGAACGCGAUGGCCGCUCCGAUUCUUCCUUCCAAGAAGCCGCCAGCGCCGUUGGAAACCGUGUCUAAAGCGAGAUCCAUUUCCACCGCCGGAGCACAAGGUAGUAGUUCAGAGGAUGCUAGUAGCUUGCACAUUGCGAAAAGGCGCAAGGUGGACGAGGAACCGCAUCAAGGGGGCCAACAGCCAGCGGGCCAACAGUUCAUGUCCAGUACAACCUCAUCGUCCACGAUGUCGUCCUCUUUUUGGCCAACUACAACAUUUCCCCCACCGUCCGUGCUUCCAACCACUACUUUUCAACAGCACACUCUCCCCUCGCUCGCCCCGACGUGCACGUUUUUGAAGGCCAGCACAAAGUCCAGAACGUGGCAGAAGUUGUGUUUCGCGCUGCGAAAAAUGUUCGCGUUCGAGAAAGUGAACAAGUCCAAGGAAGCAGAAGAAAUGGCGGACCACAACAUGCAAGCGCCCGACGUGAAGAGUGCGGUGGAGCAAGUGCUCGUGAAAAAGCUAGAAAGUGUGAAGUUCUUGAAGAACAAUGAAAAUACUUCGGGUUUGUCUGGUAGUUCAUCGGGAGCAGGACCGCGAAAGCAGAACUCUAUCGCCGAUCAGCUCCUCGUUCCGGCGGCGGUUGGGGGCCCCCAGACGUCCCAGCAGCUCCGGUCCUCGCGGCUUCUCCCACCCUUGUUGCGGAACGUCGACGUGCGGGACUUUGCCACGGUGCUGGAGUUCGCGAAGCACUUUGACGACAUUCGGAAGCGGAAAGAGGCCGGGAAUUUCUUGGACGAAACCAAUCCUUUGGAGGUCGCCAGGAUGUUUCUGGACCGUUUGCCGACCUUCCAGGCGAACUUGUAUCCUGAGCAAAAACGUCCCCACCCCAGAGUUGUCAUGCAAAGGCGCAAUGACAUUGACAGGAACAUUUGUAAUGCGCAGCUUCAUGAGAGGCAUUUCCAAUCGUGUUUUGGCAUUUGUAAUGCUGUAAACAGGAUGAGAAAACGACUUUCUCAUGCGGCUUUCCUUGCCAACCAGCACUACACUGCAGAGUGGGACUUGUCAUGCACAGCUCCCAAAACUUGGAGAUAUGUGUUGCCAGAUUCCCAGCUUGACUAUGUGGUGGGGACGUUUUUGCUUAGGAUAACGUGAUUACCGACUUCAUCUACAUGCACUUUAUGAUCAACCCGGAGGUGGACGGGCGGCCGCCCACCAAAUGUAACCUGAUUCUCCCCGGGGCGGUGAGCAUGGUUGAGUACGUGGUCUUGAACCACCCGCUCUGGCGGGUCGGGAUGUGCCAACACUGGCAAUGCGGAAUGAGCCACAGGUACUUGUUUUUACCCUGUCAUCGUGGGCCUACAUGCUAGAGCAGGUGAUUUUCAUACUUCACGGUUAGAUGUGGUCCUCGUGUAUCUAUGGAUAGAACCUCUGCCUGCGUGUGAUGUGAUCAUCAUGCUAAUAGGCGAAGAAAAUGAAUUUGCUUGCAGCGCAAACCAUUAGUCAUGUUGAAACAACUAGGUACGACAUGGGCACGGGUGGGCCGCUUCUUUGGCAGAAGACGUUUGCGGGGCGGGAGAUCAACAGUUUAAACAUCGAGUCCGCGCGGAUGUCCAAGGACUACGUCUGCCUAGUGCACGGCUCCUUCUCGGAAGCCUGUGCGCGCGGUUGCAUCACCUUCCCGCUGGACCAGUUGGCGGGCCGCGCUCUGCGCGUGACGAAGGGGGAAAACGGGAAAAAGGUGUGCCAGCUGCUGGACGAGAUCAAACAGCUCCCCGGCGUGUCGAAAGACCGUACCGCGUACCCCUUUUACUGUUUCCAGAACAUGCAGGAAACCGCAGCGGUCCGCACCAAGGAAGACUACAUCUGUUUGAAGUUUUGGAUGAUAUGCAUUGCACAAGCAAAUCGUACUUAGUAAAAAUUGCAUUACAAAUAAAAAAAUUGCAUUAAAAAUUGGCCCAGCAUGACGAAUUGAAUUUGUAAUGCGGAUUUACCGUAAGAACUAGAUUUGUAAUGCGCGUCACUGCAAGUGCGAUACUUUUGCAAUGCAUAGAUGAAGAAACGCGGCGAUUCGUCCAUGGGUGAAUACAAUUCCGUGACGCACUACGAGGUGAUUCAGCAGUUCGAGUACAAAAACCGGUAUUACUCCCUGGUUCACUGCCGCAUUCUUACCGGGCGCACCCACCAGAUUCGCGCGCACAUGCGGGCCAUCGGCCACCCGCUCGUCCACGACCGGUGCUACGCCCUGCGCGGGGAGCAGGAGCGGCGCGGACCGCUCGCGGCGACCAACGGCAUAUGGUGUGUAAAAACGUUCCCAACUAUGUACCCAGAGACAAUAGGAGGAUUUUGCAACACGACAAAUCCAGAAGUUUUGGGAGCCUUCACACAUGACAAGUUUCCAUCUGUAGUUUAGUGUAGUGCGUCGGCCUAGCAAGGACAGCCGUGCAUCACAAAGCCAUCUGCUUAUCCUGUUUAGAGAAUUUGAAAUUCCAAAACAGGACUGAGAAGGCCUCCUAUCGGGAUGCGCAUUCUUGCAUAUGUUCCUCUAGUAGAUGCAAAUCUGCAUGACAACUCUGGGCGGGACUUGGGGAUGUCUUUACACAGGAUACGGCAUCCGGAAAGCGGAAUUUGAGAUGAUGGACGUGAAUCCGACGGGGGAAAUCCACCUGUACAAGUACCGCAACAGUUUCUUGUCUAUCGUAAGGAAAAACUCCACCGCCCCAUAUCGAAAAGAAAAUUUGUGAUGCUGAUUUGUGGUCACAGAUCAGCUUUGUCUUGCGUGCAAGGCAAACGGCACCCAUGUGGCUCAUUGUGCAUCGAAUCUGUCAUGCGUUGUCGCCUAUGUCAGACUUGUUUCUGAUGCUCAGGUGCUAGCCGGAUCCGGAUCCGUGCCCAAAUUUGCCUAGCAUAUGCCGGCAAGCUCUUGCUGCAAUACAAAGCGCAUUUGUGUACACAAAUCCAGCAACACAAAUUGUCUUUUGCAUAUGGGGAGGGGGCUUUUUUCACUUUGAUAUUGUCCGGCACCUCCCGGUUCCAGUCGAUCGAGUCCGAACCGCCCCAGAACUUCCGGGUCUUGCUCUCGAAGCUCAACCCUUUAACCCGGUUCGACUACCGAAGGAUCGAGCACUACGUGGAAAAUCACUCGGAGAACUAUGGCUUGCUCAGAUGUUACAAUCUCAAAUCGGUUACCAUAGAAUCUGAAAUUUGUCUUGCAUAAACAGCACGAGUACCAUACAGAGCCUUAGGCUUUUCGCAAUAGAAAUUUCGCCAGAUAAUUUUCAUGAGCUUUGAAGCUCCGAAACUUGUCAUGCGCGCUCCUGUGAGAGCAGGCCAGAUGUUGCGCAUUUUGCAUCACAAAUUCUAGAUUCCAUUGCAACGUUUAUCAAUUGAGAUCGUAACACCUGAGCGGGUUAUAAGAACCUUCCGCUCCUGGGCCGCGAUCCGGAGAACAUGCAACACCCGGACAGACGGUACUUAUAGUGAUGAACGUUGGUGGUCAUGGUUUCAUGUUCCUUAAUAUCAACAUCGAAGUCCUCUGUUUCUGCAAAGCAAUAUAAUCUUCAAAAGUACAUUCAUAUACUAGGGAAAGCAGUCCGGCCCCUGGCCAGUAUAGUUAAAGCAAAAAGUUACAGACUGAAGGCCGCGGAAUUCGUGCGGCUAGCUAGAAAAACCGCGCGCUGUCGUUCGUUCGAAAAAUAAAAAACUGCGCGCCAAGAUUUUCGUCCACACGCUAAGUCAAAAAGUGCCGUCGGUGUCGUCCAACCGCGCUUCGGCGCCCAGCCCCAUCCAAACGUUAAACCAGGGGCCCAUCGGGAACGGGCCCCCAUCGGGUCGUGGCGCCCCCGCCUGGCCCGCGGCCGGUCCCUGCCGCCUGCCGGCCCGCCCGACCCGCGGCCGCCGCUCCCCCGCCCGCCAUUCCCCUCCCCCGCCAGCUGCUGGCCCCUGUCGCCUGCCUGGCCGGCCCGCGGCCGCAGGGGGGGGGGCGCGGCCCCCCCCACUCCCCGCCCCCGGCAGCUGCCGCUCCCGGCCGCCUGCCUGCGUGCCCGCGGCGCCCGGCCCCCGGCCGCCGAGGAGGGGGCGCGGCCCCCGCCAGCUGCCGCUCCCUUCCGGCUGCGUGCCUGCCUGCCCGGCCGCAGGGGGGGGGCGCGGCCCCCCCCAUUCCCCGCCCCCGCCCAGGGAUCCGGAGAACAUGCAACACCCGGACAGACGGUACUUAUAGUGAUAAACGCUGGAGAGUUCACAUGGUUUGUUGUUCCUCAGUAUCGACAUCGAAGUCUGUUUUUGCAAAUCAACUACUUACAGAAGAGUUGUGAGAGCAGGCUGCCAGAUGUUGACUUUCAACCUUCUUACUUAUGAAAACCACAUUCGUUAUCUUCAUACCACCGUCCACAAUAUCCCCAGGUACUUUCUGAGCCUCGACAGGAGGAGAAGACUAUCACACAGAAAAGAGCCGGCAGGUCACACUUGUAAUGCAAAAAUAAAUACACAAAAAAAUCUGUAUUGCGUAUCCCAAACAGCAUGCUAUGGGGCCGCCCAUGAGAGAUUCUUCUGUGUAUUCAUUUUUGCAUUACAAAUGUGCCCUGCCAGCUUUUUUCUCUGGGAUAAAGACGUCGGUGCGGCUACUCUUCCAAGUACUUCGGCUUGCCAGAGGUUUUGCCCCCCGACGUGGAAAUAAAUGUUCCGUUGCAAGAUGAGCAACAGCAACAAGGGAACAAAUUUUUAUCCGCCGGUGCGCCGAAGAUCAAAAAGCAAUCGCUGAUGAAAUCUAUGCAAGAAAAAAACUGUUUAAGUGUGAAUCUGUGAUGCAGGAAAUGAAAAAUAGUUACACUUGUCAUGCUGGAAGCGCGUCAUGGGCUACUAUUCUACGCGUUUCCACGUACUAGCAGCUCAUGACAGGUUUUCCCUGUAAUGCAAAACGAAUUUGUGACGCUGCUCUUCCUACAAACUUACACUUACACAGUUUUUUUCCUGGAUAAAAUCCACGAUGGGAGUACUAGCCGAAGCUUCUACCGGGGCUCCACCCACCUCCACCGGCAUGAUCGGGUCAGAAGUAGCGACGAAGGUUGCAGAACAGGACGAGAAGAACGUCACUGGUGUUGUCGAGUUUUCAUGCAAGAACGAGAAGGCGAUGCAACUAAAUCAAGGCAAGAGCAACCCACUUUGCCUGCUCCCGGCGCACGAAGUGCUUGGGAAGGAGGAAGAUCAUCCGAUCUUACAAGUACAGGAUCCGCGGGGCGGACCGAACGAGCCAGCGAAGAGAAGGAGAGUGGAAGGGCAGACGAACAAAGGCAGGACCACAGACGAGGCAGCGAGUCCACCCGCCUCUACUUUGAAGGUGCCGGUGCUUCCGCCGCCGGCACCAGCGCGGAAGAGGAAAGAAGCGCAUUUGCAACGGGAUAAUAGACAAGGCAUUAAACAAGAAGCUGAGUCCACCAAUCUACUUGCACCUCCACACGACGUUGUACUAAAAGAAGCACCGUGUAGUACAAAGGAAAAUCGAGGGGAGAAAGAACUUGUGCUGCGGGCAGAGCGCCGUCCUCGACCUGUUGUGCAGGAGAACAAAACUACCGGAGUAGAAGUUGACAAGAUGAAGUAUCCUCAGAGCGACGACGAGGAAGAUCUCCGCAGUAGUAGAGCUGCCUCCGUCUCGUCUUCGCGCCGAUCAUCGCCACGCCGCCCACUGGUUCAUCGCAAUGGUUCCAAGAACUACAGUCCCCGCGAGGAGCAGGACGCCGGAAGUGAGGGCGGUGCGAAGAAGGACGAAGAGAGGGUGUCGUCGACAGGGAAGAAGAUGGUGGCGGGAAUAACGCAGGAUCGGGAUGAUCAUGAUCCAGUGUUGAAGCAAACGAAGAAGUUUCGCUUGCCAGUCAUUGGCUUGUUGGAUACGGAUGUUGGCCAAGUACAACACGAUAAACAGGAUGUUCGGAACAAGAGAAGCAAGGAGCGACCGGUAUUUGUGAACAAGAGCACGAAAAGUCCAGAGCGCGGCCGGGACGUCGAGAAUCUUCACACUACCACCACGAUGAGCAAGUUGUCUCCAGCUGCUGUGGCUGUUUCCUUGUCCGAAAAGCAAGAGGAGGAAGUCCAAGUCGUGCACCAAGAUGUUGAACUCCGACCGGCUACAAGAACUUCUUCCCUGGUCGAACAAAAUAAGAUGAAAGACGCCGACGGAGCACAAACUCCGGGAAGCGGUGACUACAGAAGUGAAAGGGUUGGUUCGGAAUUGUCCCGGGGAGGUUUUCGUCCGGAUGAAGAACAAAUGGGCGACCGAGAUGAUAAUCGGGGACGUUCGAAGGUGCGAACAAAUUCGAAGGUGCGUGGGCACCAUUCGAAGGAACGAGCUGCUUUUCCAACUUACAAGGACCACAGCCGGGAGAAGAUGCGGCGUGAAGAGAGUCGCAAGCGGGUGGUGGUUCAAGACGAGGUAAAAGAAGUACGGAGGCAGCCAUCGAAAGUUCGGGAUGACCGGGAGAAGCCGCGGCAGCACGACGGCAAUGUUGAUAAACAGGAUCUACCUGUUGUUCCUAGAGAACCACGACCGGAAUUAAAACGGGAUGGAAACAAGAAGCGCGAGUCGAACAUGAAUUCCGGCAAUGAUCUUCGUGCCCCCGGGCGAAGAAGUGCCAGUCUUUCCCGCGGAAGCCAGAAGAGGUCAAAAUCGCGGUCUAUUCCGCGCCCGAGGUCCUCGCCGUCCAUUCCCCGCAAGAGGUCGAGGUCGCGGUCCAUUCCGCGCCCAAGAUCGCCGUCCAUUCCCCGGCCUGGCGGGUUUCGUGCGACCGGCCGGGAACCGUCGAAGGUGCGCGCGCCGUCGCAGGCGCGACAAGGCGUGCAUCUCGGGGGAGAAGAGAACACAAAAAGAGCACUGCAAAAUGUCAAAACCCCAACAAAAAGCUGCUCUCCACCCCGCCUCAGAUUGCGGCUGGACAACAGGAAGUCCUCCUCCCACCAUGGAGGGCAUGAUCAGCGCGAGACAAAUAAGUACAACACCGCCACAGAUGUUGUUGACCGGAGUAGGGGUUCUUCCCGCGACAGGCGGUCGUUCGGGCACUCGGACCGGAACAAAGACCAUUCCUUCCGGGGAAAGCCAAAGCGAAAAGACUCACGGUCACGCUCACCCGGCGAAGACCUACCGCCGGCAAUCGGCACGCGGAAAAAUCGUUUUUCCACCGGACGCAACAAGGAUCGUAAAAGGUCGUCGUCCAGGUCGCGACGGAGCGGAGGUGAGCAGAAAAAAACAAGCAUAUGACACUGCACAACUCGUCCCACUCCCCCUUUUUUGCAUAGUAAAAGUAAUGCAAAAUAAUCCGAAAAAAUCCUAUGGUUGCGUAGGCGUUGUGGCACGGUUUGCAAUAUACAAAUCUCGAAAGAAGUAGCCCAAACAGUACUACGCUGCUUCGGCGCAUCAACUUGUCAUGCACGGGCUGCACAACUUGAGCUGGUGUCUGUAUUGCUGUCCAUCUUCCGACGACACAAAUGAGAGGGUUUGGGGGAGUAGUCGUUCACUCUCAUAAAGCACCAGCGGCAGACACAACGCGCGCAGGAGCGGUGACGGCGAUAGGAGACACCUCGACGGGCCGCUGGUUGGUAUGAUGAGGAAAUGCGGCGCAAAUGAGGACUACAACAACUUCCGUAGAGGGAACAGCCUUGCCCGGGGCACCGCGGCGAACAGCGUGCCGCUCGGUACUAAGUGGAAUUUUCUGGGAAUUUGGAAAAUUGAAAAAAAUUCUUCCCCGGACGAGGUCGAAGGAUUGCAGGCCCAGGUUUUGGCGGUGGUGGCGCGACGGACUAUCAUUUUCUUACCUCUACUCAUGCGAAUUUUCUUACCAAAACUCACAGGUACAUGAACUUAUCAAAACUCACAGGUACAUGCAUUCAAAAACAUCAAAAACAAGCUGUCAUCCAGGUACUAGCACUUACCUCGCGCCAUUGGUCCACUUCUUGGCGGAUGUCCACACACACACACACACACACACAAAUCACAAAAGUAGUAGCAUUAUGAAACAAAUCCAUCACAAACAAAGGUAUCCAAAUAUAAAAUCAGUCAGUGAAGGAAAACCUCUACGCUGCGGGUACCCCCGCCAGCGUACCCACUCAGCCGUGCCUACGCCAGGUAGUUCAAGACCAGGGCCUCGCUGUCGUUAGAGAAGAUCUUCUGGACGAGGCACACGCGUUGCACCAGGUCUGGUGCAACACGGCCACAGGGCGGCAGGCAUCUUGCUCCUGCGGAUCCGUUAGCUUUCCAGCAGUGGUACAGGGCGAAGGUGCUUAUGUUUGGUAAGUUUAAUAAGGAGGAACACCUGGUAAUAUGGUUUUUGAUCAAUUUGGAAUGUGUUUCGUGUGCACUAUUUUCCUACGAAUCCUAAUCAUCCCCUAUGAGCCAAGAAUGCUUGAAUUCUGUGUGUGUGUGUGUGUGGACAUCCGGACAGCAGGCAUCGCCACCUCAGGUACCUGUUAAUUUGAGUUAUUCUAUUUUUUGAUGAUGACGAGUGCUGGUGUCGUCGGGGCCGGGGCCGAGCAGCAAGCAUCGUGCCGACGCAGGACAUCUGGAAGCCCUUCCCGCAGCACGAACAGAUCCGGCCGGAGGAGGUUGCCGUAGCUGGUGUUCAUUAGCAGGGCCGCGAAGGAGGGGAGAAUUUUUUUCAAUUUUCCCAAUUCCCAGAGAAUUCCUCUUAGUACUUGCCCGGGGCACCGCGGCGAACAGCGUGCCACUCGGAACGAGGCCGGGCGUAUCGAAUGUAAAAAUGUCUGGGUCUGGAAGGAUGCAAGGUUUGUCAUGCAGGUUUUCCAUGACCCAUGAGGUCUGGUAUGUAGGACAUAGCAUGACAGAUUCUGCGGGACCUUUCUAAUGCCUAUCCUGCAUGAGAAACUGCCUCGCGAUUAGGUCAAAAGUGCACAACUUUUGGCAAUCAUGCAACACAGUUUUUUGCCUGAUUCAGAUUUAGCAUGACACGUUGCAUUCUUCCAGACCCAGACAUUUUUACAUUUGAUAGGGCGGACGGGGGACCGAUCUGAUGGGUCGCAGCGUGAACAACAGCGAGCAGUACCAGAUAGCGCACGGUGCGGGCGGUGUUGUGCCGCUCUCUCAAGAAAAUCAUGUGAACACGACAAGACUGCCUGUUCCUCCACGGGGGGGCCAACACGUAGCGAAGUACCAUCCCAGCCGGAUUUCGGACUUGUGGACCCUGAAAGACCAUCCGGAGGAGCACAAGCAGUUGUUUGCCUUCGAUUUUGCGAAUUACCAAUGCUGGAAAGUCGAAAAGGAGACGGAGCUCGGGUUGGAACCGGGAUACCUGUUCGGCUUUGACGUGAAAGAGUUUGAGGCACUGGAGAAAAAACACGGGGGCGCAAGGAAAGUGGUGGACAUGUGCGCGACGGAGGGGCUGAUUAACGUGCGACUGAUGGGCAAACUGGCCCUGGAAGAGGAGCAGGAGCAGAAGGAGCAGAAGGAGCAGCAGCAGCAGCAGCAAGCUGGAGUACCGCGGCCCAACAUCCCUGUGAACAACAACCCCGAGGACCUGCUUCCACCGUCGAGACGGAUGGCACGAAGCCAAAUGCGCAAGGGCGGCAAGAAUGACAAAGGCAGCGGACGUACUUACAUUUUUGCUGAUCGUAUAUAAUGGUUUUAUAGUAAGUGUGGGUUGUUAUUUACUAAGAAGUGCCACCAAUCAUGUUUGUAGUUUUGCUCCCGUGCUGGCGCGUGGUCUACUACUUUUUCCUGCAUUUUUUCUGGGCGAGAACUCGCAACCAGUUAUUUUGUCGCGGUGAACAAACAAUCUAUCCACCCGCUGCUCGGUCUUAAGAGAUGGUGUUUAUGAAAUUGAUUUCACCUCCUCCUCCUCCUUAUGCCACACAGACAUGAUUAUCCUAGUUUUAUCCUUUGGGGGAAGAACAAAAUCAAAAAAAAAAUUUUUCGUUUCAAACAUUCUCAGGGCGCCGCGGUUCUUCGUUUUAUUCGCAAUCUCGCGGUGGAGGUGGACCGUACUACCACCCCGGAAAGCUGCAAACAAAAGGCGGUGCUUCCUUCGCCGCCGCCGCGGCUCCGCAGUUCAAGGCUGCCCGAAGAAGGCCAAAAAACCUUCCUGAAGGCCUUCAGAAGGUUGAGAUUCUUCUGAAGGUCCAAAAAUCUUCUGAAGGUUUUUUGCAGCUUUUUUUGAAGCUUGCGAACUCAAAAAGUGUUUUCUUUGACUAAAGCGCCCUGUUUUUUCGAUAAAGCGAAUGAGUUGACAAUUGCCAACACUACACCUACAAAAAAUUUCAAAAGCUUCCUCUGGAUCUGGCGCCCGGGGAAGAGCCCGAAGCCCGCCCCUCGUUGCUGUUUUCGCCACGGGAAGAAGCCAAAGAAGCCCGAUUCAGUAAGCAAAAAGCGAGGCGGCUUUGGCUUUUCGCUUCUUGCGGAUCUGGUCCGUCCUCCGAGAAGAGGCCGACGCUGGCCGCUUAUGUAAAGCAAAAAGGAAGAGGAGCGAGCGCCCUCUCUUGCCUUCUUCCGGACCUGGCCCUCGGAAACGUUGCCAAAGCUUUGUGGUUUUGUACGGCAGGAGGCGUCUCGGCCUUUUUAGCUUUUUCCGACCGACUCUGGCUCUUAAAGGAGAAGCCAGAAGGUGGUCGCUGCCGGCUUUUUCCACAUGUAGUUCCUCCGAGAGAGGCCAAAGGCAGCCACUUUAGUGGAGUUUGGAGAUUCUUGAAGGCCAAGCAUCGCGCUUGUGCUUGGCGUAGAUCUUCGCGCCCAAUCUAAGACCUACUCUGAAGGGUUUGCGUAUUUUUUCCCACGCGGCGCACGCCGCGUGGAUUGGUUCUUACUUACUAAGAAGUGCCAACAUUUGUAGUUUUGCUCCCGUGGGCGGUGGUCUACUACUUUGUCCUGCAUUUUUUCUACUCGCAACCAGGUAUUUUGUCGCGGUGAACAAUCUAUCCACCCGCUGCUCGGUCUACUGAAGAGAUGGUGUUUAUGAAUUUGAAUCCCUCCUCAGUAUGCCGCACAGACAUGAUUGUCCUAGUUUCUUCAUGUGGGCGUGGAAGAACAAAAUCAACAUCAAAACAAUUUUUUUUUUCGUUCCAAACAUCCUCAGGGCGCCGCGGUUCCUCGUUUUAUUCGCAAUCUCGCAAUGGAGGUGGACCGUACUACCAUUCCGGAAAGCUGUAUGGAGGCGUCAGGAUUGAAAUCGUCAAACUUGAAAUAGUUUGUGAUGCAUAAACUGCAUGACGCGAAAUACGUGUGUUGCAGAGCAGGCAAGUGAGGCCGAUUGUGGGCCUGUUUGGCGUUAGGGCUCGAGCUGCUAAAGUAGCAUGAGAGAAUCAGUCUUCUUUGCCUAAACAGCAUGACAAACUGGAUUUAGGCAUCGCCAAAAUUUGUCAUGCGCCACUUGGAAACUGGGCUCCAACUCCUGGCAUCCAUUUUAUGCAUGGCAAAUCAUUUCACCUUUGUCGAUUUCAAUCCUGACACAUCUAUAAGCUGCAAACAAAAGGCGUUGCUUCCUUCGCCGCCGCCGCGGCUCCGCAGUUCAAGGCCGCCCCGGUUCCCGGUCCCCCGAGCAAGCUGCCCGGACCACUGAGCAAGGGCGCGAACAAGUCGGGUAGUGCGGAAGGUUGUACAACUGGUAACACUUUCACCACUGGCACCAGUUCUUCCAGUAAAGGCGCUAGUAAUAUCAGUGGAGGUAGUUGCACGACCAAGAACACUAAAAACGCCACCAUGAUGAACAUGAAGGGACGAGGCACAUCAACGACGGCAGGACCACUGAGUACUAAAGGAGUACUGACUACUAUCGCAAGAAAAAAGUGUUACAGUUACACAUUGUCAUGCAAGACUGUCAACAGAGACAACCUUUCUCAUGCAGGAAAUGCUUCCGAGCCUCUUUUCCUUCCUGUUUUCCCUUAUGAUCUUCGCAUUACAAGUUUUCUCUGCCACACAGAGAAAAUUUGUGAUGCAGAAACUCCAACAAAUGUGUAACUGUAACACUUUUUUCUCGUGAUAACUACAGCAGGGGUCGUAGCGCCGUCCUCUUCGCGGGCAGCAGGUUCAGCUGCAUAUCAAAUGUAAAAAUGUCUGGGUCUGGAAGAAUGCAACUUGUGAUGCUGCGUUUGGAUUCCAAAAAAAUCUGUAUUGCAUGAGUACCAAAGGGAAUGCAAUUUUUGCUACGCUGAGAAGGCAUUUGUCAUGCGGAAUAGGCAUCAAGAAGCGUUCAAAAAAUCUGUAUUGCUAGGGUAUGGAUCACAGACAUCAUGGCUCAUGCAAAACGUGCACGACAAGUGUCAGAAUCUUCCAGACCCAGACAUUUUUACAGUUGAUACUGCAGUGUCUGCUACAAAUCCUCGUGCUGGCGGGGUAGUAGCUGCUGGGGUCGUAAUAUCAAAGAAAAAAAGUUCGUCACGAUCACUCAUGCGCAUUUUUGCAAUACAAAAUUGUUUGUCAUGUGUAAAAAUGCAUCACAGCCAAAAUACAUUAGGGAUUUCCCUAGUGUUUCUGCAAUACAAGGAAAAUUUGUGAUGCUAAGAAAAUUUGUAAUGCAAAACCUGCAAGUUAGUGACUGUGACAAACUUUUUUCUCUCCAUACGUAAGUACGAAUUUGAAUACAACCACAGGAGCCAUGAGUAAAGCGAAAUCCGUGAUGCUUGCUUCCUCUUCUGCGACGGGUGGUACAGCGGCGAACGGCAUGGGUAAUUUGGGGAACAACAACACAGUUGGCACUUCGACUGGUGCGGCGCCCCCGGCGGUUUCAACUACAUCGGCGCCGCCAGUUCCUCCGAAGACCUCGCCGCCACUCUGUCUUCCAAUGCAACACACGCAAAGCAAGGCCGGGGCCCCCGCGCCCCCGGCAGUGAGCAAGGCCUUCCCACCGCGGGGGAAAUCCACGGCUCCGGCACCGCUGGUGUAGUAUUUCGCUUCCGUCGGCGGAGGCAGCAGGUGGAGGAGGCGUAGUUGCGAAUCGGAACAGUACAAGACACAUGAUCAUUCAGAUAAAGUGACCAGACCACAACCUAGAGUUCCGUCUUUGAUGUUUCUAAAUAAAAAGAUCCGUACGUAUCUUGUGCUAAAAAUUCUACUUUUUGCGGUAUUGAAACUGAUUUUGGAUUCAAAGAAUUGAAGUAAAAUAGAGGAAACUGGGUUGAUGACUUCUGUUGACUCGCUUUCGCAGACAGUGCAAAUGUUCGUUUUUUUCAAACAUGCAGUUUCAGCCAAGCAAAGCACCACAUGCCUGCGAUAUUUUCAUCUUUUCGAAGCUAGUUUUUCUUUUCGUCAGAUUGUUGUGAAUAAAGUGCUUUUAUUCGAUUUCGACGACUAAGUAGACAUCAAAUGUUAUCUUAUAAAAAAUCGCGAGUGAGCAGCUAAUCUCGUCGAGAUAAAUCACUUCUAUUUGAACUUAUUGUAGAAAUACACAGCGAAUAAUAAGAAAAGUAAUUUUUCAGGCAUGAUCAGCAUUUAUUAUUAUUUUCUUCCUUCUACACCGGAUUUGAAGUCCUCCGGCGGGAUCGUGCUUCGUCUCUGGAAAGAGACCAAUCACGAUCCUGCCAAAAGUACAACAUAAAAAAUGAAGCGUUUUUAAAGCUAAGUACUCUAGCUGUACUUCCUGUUGUUUUAGUACUGCUCCACGAGGACAUCACAUUUCUACUUCUCGGAAGAGAUUUUUUUGGUUAAAAUUUCGUCUUCUCACGGAAUGAACAGUCGGUUUGUGUUUUCUUCAAGCGACAUUGUUUUUCACACAAUUAUUUUUCGCGCACUCAACAACAUCCAAUUGCAAGCAGAAGCAGAACCUUUUGUGUCUGUUACACAGCUCUUCAUGUACUUACUUUACGUAGGAUUUUUAUUUGAAAGCUGCGAGAAACAUAAAUGUACCUGAGAACGUCGGCCAGGUUCGAGUGCGUUCUAGCACAAAAGCGUGGUGGUUCUCGCUGUACUUCUUAGCACUAUCAAUCAAUGACAAACUACACGACGACACGACCAAAAAUUUUUUGAAAUUACAUAAAAUG